GUCACAUCACCGUGAAUCGCCGAGCUUUAAUCUUGCUCUUCUCCCCACGCCUGGAAGAACAACGCCAAAUCAUUCCACCAAGUUGUCAUUAUGAUCCCGAUCGCUAGGCACUCUGUCCUGCGGGCUGCCCGCUCUCAGCUCCAACCCACCCGGAAGUUGAGCCAGCCCGCUUCUUCGGCGCUCGCCCGCCUUCUCUCGACUCUCGCGGUUCUCGAGCAGCGCAAUGGCAAGCUGGAAUCUUCGUCUUUGUCCGCGAUUGCGGCUGCACAGAAGCUCGGUGGCUCAGUAACGGGGUUCAUUGCUGGCUCCGGUGUCAAGGGCACCGCCGCUGCCGAGGCUGCUAAGAUCAAGGGUGUUGAGAGGGUGUUGGCCGUGGAUAAUGACGCAUACGAGAAGGGCCUCUCCGAAAACUAUGCCCCUCUUCUCGUCGAAAACAUUAAGAAGGGCGAAUUCACCCACGUCGUUGCAGGCCACUCUGCCUUCGGAAAGAGCCUGCUACCCCGCGUGGCUGCUCUCUUGGAUGUGCAGCAAAUCUCGGACAUUACCGCCAUCGAGAGCGAGGACACUUUCGUCCGCCCCAUUUACGCCGGUAACGCGAUUCUGACCGUCCAGUCAACCGACAACAUCAAGGUGAUCACAGUGCGAGGCACCGCCUUCCAGGACGUUGAGACCGAGGGCGGCUCUGCCGAGGUCGUCGACGGAGCGGACCCCAACGCUCCCGCACUGACCGAGUGGGUGUCCGAGGAAUUGGCUAAAUCCGAGCGCCCGGAACUCGCCACAGCCACCCGUGUUGUGUCUGGAGGCCGUGGCUUGAAGUCGAAGGAGGAGUUCGACCGCAUCAUGCUUCCGCUGGCGGAUUCCCUCGGCGCUGCUAUUGGUGCUUCGCGUGCCGCUGUUGACAGUGGCUUCGCCGAUAACAGUCUGCAGGUUGGCCAGACUGGUAAGAACGUUGCUCCUCAGCUUUACCUCUGUGCCGGUAUCUCCGGUGCUAUCCAGCACUUGGCUGGUAUGAAGGACAGCAAGGUGAUUGCUGCCAUCAACAAGGAUCCAGAGGCUCCCAUCUUCCAGAUUGCUGAUGUUGGCCUCGUCGGUGACCUGUUUGACAAGGUGCCCGAGCUGACCGAGAAGAUCAAGAACGCCUAAAUUGGUUGCACGAAUAGUUUCUCUUUUGUAUCAUGACCUAUCGAGCAGGUUGAUACCAUUUUGUCUGUUAAAUGAACCGUACAGUAUACCAUUGACUAGAGGACUAGAACCAAUAUUGGUUUGGUCUACAAUACCAAAUGUCCAUCACUUUUUUUAUCUGA